GCAGCCCCGGACGCAGCCACCCCGAGCGCGCAGCCUCCCCGAGCGCGCAGCCCGCCCGGGAGCUCGGGAGCCCGCGAGCACCGCGCACCGAGCACCGAGCACCGAGCACGCCGCCAGCGGCCGAGCGCAGCCCGAGCCCGAGUCCCGCCAUGUUUCAGUUCUUCGCGUCAGCCCCGGAGCGGGCCCCGGACGGCCCCCGGGACGCGCUGAAGAAGGAGCGGCUGCUCGAGGACCGCCACGACAGCGGCCUGGACUCCAUGAAAGACGAGGAGUACGAGCAGAUGGUGAAGGAGCUGCAGGAGAUCCGCCUGGAGACGCAGGCGGCGCCCAGCGUUGCCGAGCCCUGGAAGCAGCAGCUCACCGAGGACGGAGACUCGUUCCUGCACUUGGCCAUCAUCCACGAAGAGAAGGCGCUGACCAUGGAAGUGGUCCGCAGGGUGAAAGGAGACCUGGCCUUCGUCAACUUCCAGAACAACCUGCAGCAGACUCCACUACACUUGGCUGUGAUCACCAACCAGCCAGAAAUUGCUGAGGCGCUUCUGGAAGCUGGCUCUGAUCCGGAGCUCCGAGACUUUCGAGGAAAUACCCCCCUACACCUGGCCUGUGAGCAGGGCUGCCUGGCCAGCGUGGGCGUCCUGAUUCAGAGGUGUGGGACCCAGCGCCGAGAUUCCAUCCUGAAGGCCACCAACUACAACGGUCACACGUGUUUGCACUUAGCCUCUAUCCACGGCUACCUGGCCAUUGUGGAGUGUUUGGUGCUCUUCGGUGCUGAUAUCGAUGCACAGGAGCCCUGCAAUGGCCGGACUGCCCUGCACCUGGCGGUGGACCUGCAGAAUCCUGACCUGGUGGCCCUCCUGUUGAAGUGUGGGGCUGAUGUCAACAAGGUCACCUAUCAAGGCUACUCCCCGUACCAGCUCACCUGGGGCCGCCCCAGCACAGAGAUCCAGGAACAGCUGGGCCAGCUCACGCAAAAAAAUCUGCAGAUGCUGCCAGAGAGCGAGGAUGAGGACGAGGAAAGCUCUGACACAGAGUCCGAGUCCACGGAGGAGGAUGAGCUGCCCUAUGAUGACUGUGUCCUUGGAGGCCAGCGCCUGACAUUAUAAGCUUCAGAAAGUGGCUGAAAGAACAUGGACUUUGUAUAUUUGUAAAAAAAAAAAAAAACAAAGUUUUAUUUUUUUAAGGAAAAAAAAAAGGAAAAAAAAAUAUCAGGGUGCACUUAAACCACACUCCACACUGUCGGACCCAGAAUACUUUUCUGUGCUGGAUUGGCCCUCAUUUUGUUAUUUUUGUGAACUUUGGAAUGGGGGCAAGAAAGAUCACUAGAGUUCAAAGAACCUUUUAAACCUUACUUCUGUGGGGAUUUAGAGAAAAGCCAUCCAACAUUUAAUGGAAGGAUUAACUUAUUGUGCUUAUUGUUGGAACCACCAUGAAAUUUGUGACUGCGUCCACUUGAACCCCGUGAUUUGUAUCCAUCUGGUGUGUUGUUAAAACACUUUUCAGUGUUGUGGAGCUAAGAAGUCAUAUAUUUAUGUGACCCUCCUGUAAAUGGUGUACAUAGUGUAUUUUGUUGGUAAUUAUUUUGGUACUUUUAAGAUGUAUAUUUAUUAAACAAAUUUUUAUGAACAGAA